UUCGCCCGUCCACGCCACCUGUCAACACCGAUUGGCGAUUCCGAUUUCGCCAUUGGGUUAAGCGAGGAAUCGAAUCGAUGUCCGCGUGAAAAGUCACCGACAUCGCUCGGACGUGAAUCGAUGCCUUAGGUCGCACGAUUCCCGCUCACGACGCCAGGGCGACGAAAUCUAUCGGAAUCGAUUACCUGGAUCGGUUGGGGCGAGGAAUCGCUCAACCGAUACUCGUCCCCUGUUACCUCUCGCCCGUUACCCACUGCUCUCGCGAGAUUCCCCGUUACCCACUGCUCUCGCGAGAUUCCUCGUCGUUACCCACUGGUCUCGCGAGAUUCCUCGUCAUUACCCACUGCUCUCGCGAGAUUCCUCGUCGUUACCCACUGUUCUCGCGAGACUCCUCGUCGUUACCCACUGGUCUCGCGAGAUUCCUCGUCGUUACCCACUGCUCUCGCGAGAUUCCUCGUCGUUACCCACUGUUCUCGCGAGACUCCUCGUCGUUACCCGCUGCUCUCGCGAGAUUCCUCGUUACCGACUGAUCUCGCGAGAUUCAUCAUCGUUACCCACUGCUCUCGCGAGACUCGUCGUUACCCACUGAUCUCGCGAGAUUCGUCGUUACCCGCUGCUCUCGCGAGAUUCCUCAUCGUUACCCGCUGCUCUCGCGAGAUUCCUCCCCGUUACCCACUGAUCUCGCGAGAUUCUUCGUCGUUACCCACUGCUUUCGCGAGAUUCCUCAUCGUUACCCACUGCUCUCGCGAGAUUCCUCGUCGUUACCCACUGCUCUCGCGAGAUUCCUCGUCGUUACCCACUGCUCUCGCGAGAUUCCUCGUCGUUACCCACUGAUCUCGCGAGAUUCUUCGUCGUUACCCACUGCUCUCGCGAGAUUCCUCGUCGUUACCCACUGAUCUCGCGAGAUUCAUCAUCGUUACCCACUGCUCUCGCGAGACUCGUCGUUACCCACUGAUCUCGCGAGAUUCGUCGUUACCCGCUGCUCUCGCGAGAUUCCUCAUCGUUACCCGCUGCUCUCGCGAGAUUCCUCCCCGUUACCCACUGAUCUCGCGAGAUUCUUCGUCGUUACCCACUGCUUUCGCGAGAUUCCUCAUCGUUACCCACUGCUCUCGCGAGAUUCCUCGUCGUUACCCACUGCUCUCGCGAGAUUCCUCGUCGUUACCCACUGCUCUCGCGAGAUUCCUCGUCGUUACCCACUGAUCUCGCGAGAUUCUUCGUCGUUACCCACUGCUCUCGCGAGAUUCCUCGUCGUUACCCACUGAUCUCGCGAGAUUCUUCGUCGUUACCCACUGAUCUCGCGAGAUUCUUCGUCGUUACCCACUGCUCUCGCGAGAUUCCUCCCCGUUACCCACUGCUCUCGCGAGAUUCCUCGUCGUUACCCACUGCUCUCGCGAAAUUCCUCGUCGUUACCCACUGAUCUCGCGAGACUCGUCGCCCGUUACCCACUGAUCUCGCGAGAAGUCAGCGCAAGGAGCGAGUGCCCGAGGGUAAAGCAGGAGGAUGCAGCCUGGAGACGCCAGUCUCCACCCGCAGAUGGGACACCGUGGAAACGCGAGGGGGACGGCCGCGAACCGAUUGUGAAGAACGUGCAUGAGCGCAGGGCCGGCUGUGAUAUGUGGCUGGAGGUGAACAUGACGCGCGACGGCUUGGCCCAAGGUGCUGGCUGCAGGAGCGGUGAUCGCACAUCUACCAGGCUUCCCGUGAAGACUGAAAGUAUGCAAGCUGAUGGAUGGGUCCUCCAGGCCGGCGAAGACACUUACGGCGGUGGCGGUGACCGACGUGCAGGGCUGGGAGAGGAGACGCGGGGGAACCGUAUGGCUCCGUGCCCGUUUGCGGAGGUGGAGGUGGAGCUGGAGGAUACGGGCGACGGGCGGAGUUGGGCACCCACGCUCCAGUUUCACUACGUCUCACCUGCGCCUGCAUCUCAGGAGCGAGGAUCCAGGCUGGCAAUGCGGCGCCUCGUGAAGAAGGUGCGGGGCCCUCGGGUGACGCGGUUCUCCCCACGCGAGAUGCUCACCCUGGCGCAGGAAGCAGCCCGCCGCGUGGGGCCCCUCUACGGCCAUGGCGGCGCCCUCGCCAACGCGGCCACGCGUCGCCGGGCCUGGGCCGAGAUCGCCCACGCGGUGCGGGCGCACAGCAUCUUCCCCCGCACGCGCGACCAGUGCCGGCGCCGUUGGGACGACCUCCGGCGGUGGGCCAAGAGGAAGGCCUUGCGGGCAGCCGGCAGCGCCGAGCUCACGGGGAUCAAGCGGCUGCCGGUCGGGGUCGUGCUCACCCGACCAGAGGAGCUCGCCCUCGGCACCUUCCCUGAGCUGUCCAUGGAGGGCCUCGCCGUCUGGGACGUGGGGUGGUCCGCACGAGGCUCCAUCGACCGCGGCGACGGGGCAGAGCCGCCUGCUAUGGUGGCAGCGGGGGCCGACGCGUGGCCGGACGAAAAGGCUGUUGACCUCCUGGUAUUGGGCCCCGUGGCACCGCUGGUGGGCGGCCCGCUGCACUACGCGGCGGCGAAGUCGACGGAAGAGGGAGCAGACGAGUCGUCGUCUAUCUCCGAUGUGGAGCGGGGGAUAAUGUGGAGGAGGAGGAGGAAGACGAGGAAGAGGAGGAGGAGCGGCAUGAGGAGGAGCUGGCGGAGAGUUCGGACGAGGCAUGGGCGGCGAGAGGCUCCUCCUCUCCGCCCGUCGUUGUGGGUGGACGCCCCCUCGCCCCCAUCUCCAGCACGGAGAAGUCGUCCGCGCUGCCCUGCCCAGCCCCGGCCACCAUUUUUCCUCAGCGGUUCCCCCCCCGUGUGUCCCACAGGGGUGCGCAUGCAGCGGCCCCUCACCCACCCCAGGCCCCGGCCCCUCGCAUUGCCGUGACCACGCGUGAGCGUGACGCGACUGAGCAUGACUCCACCGCGCACGAGUGUGACGCGACCGCGCGCGAGCUCGGCCGACCCGUGGGCGAGCUGCUGUCGCGACUGGACACACUGGCCGAGACGCAGCAGCAGCUUGUGGCCCAGGGCCUCGAGCACCUGCGCCUGCUGAGGGAGCAGGCCGAGAGCCAGCGGCACGCCGAGCGCCACUUGGGCUCCAUCGCCGCUGCCCUGCAGGAGCUGGCAGCGAUGAAGCGAGUGGGGGAGCCACCACUACGGCCACCCGGUGGAGGCGCUGGCAACGGAGACUCUGGCCCCAGAGACUCCGGCCCCGGGCCCCUGGGAGGGCGAAGCCAGGAACUGGAACAGGGCCCGUGGACGGGACUGGGACAACCGCAGGAAAACAGGAGCUGGUUUUAACCUGAGGACC